CCGAUAACUUGAGCUAGUCGGCAGUCCAUCUCCGUAAACCGCUAUGAGUAGUCACGUAGUGAAGUUGCGUGGACUUGGUAGUCUUCGAGGUAUAGUCGAAAGGAAUGUUGACGGUGGUAGUUACUUGGCAUUCAAGGGGGUUCCUUACGCCGAGCCCCCCAUCGGGAGACUCAGGUUUUCCGACCCAGUCCCUUCAAAACCAUGGUCCGGAAUCAGGGACGCUGCAAAGUACGGGGCCCCGUGUGCGCAGUACGAUUUUAUCACCAGAAAAAUUAUUGGCAGCGACGAUUGCCUCUAUCUAAACGUCUACGUGCCUUCAAACGAGGAGAGACCACAACAAGGUCUACCGGUCAUGGUGUGGAUACACGGAGGCGGCUUCAUAAACGGUUCAGGGGACAAGUUUCUUUACGGGCCAGAUUAUAUAAUCAAGAAGAACGUGAUCGUAGUAACUGUUAACUACCGACUCGGCGUUCUUGGAUUUCUCAACUUGGAGCACAAAGUCGCGCCUGGAAAUCAAGGACUGAAGGAUCAAGUGUUGGCGUUACAGUGGGUGCAAGAACACGUCGAGGCUUUUGGGGGAGACAAAAAUAACGUGACGAUCUUUGGCGAAAGUGCGGGAGCUGCUGCCGUUCAUUAUCUGGCUAUCUCUCCGCUGGCACAAGGAUUAUUCCACAAAGCUAUUGCUCAGAGUGGGACUGUUUUUUCCCCGUGGGCCAGCAUCCUCCAGAGUCCAAAAAAUUUUGCUAUCAGAUUGCUGGAGUACCUGGGGAAACCAUUUCCGGGAGAACGAGAAACCGUCGAUUUUCUGAAGACGGUGGACUGUGAAAAGCUGAUCGAGGCGCAGACAAAGAUUCAGACGAAACAGGAGCGUGCUCAGAUGGUAUUGUUGUUUGGACCUAACGUAGACGAGGAUGUUGCCGAGGAACCAUUUCUUCCCGACUUCGUAUCGUCUCCUGACAAGGCAGUUGUUAAAGUUCCUCUCAUUCUGGGUUACACAGACCGCGAAGGAAUUUUGUGUGCUGAUGCGUUGAACGAAAACACCAGUGCAAAUAUGAACGCCGAUUUCAGCUGGAUCAUACAUCCCCAAGUUUUGGCAGCCAUGAAGCGAGAUAUGAAAUUAACACCCGCGUAUUUAAAGCAGGCUUAUUUUGGCGACGAACCAAUUCAACCGAAAAAAAGCGAGAUGAAUUUCGUCAAGUUCUGCGGUGAUAUGCAGUUUGUGAACGGGGUCCAUGACUUGGUAAAAAUACAAGUCAGGAGGAACGAGCAGCCGACUUACCUGUACAGAUUUUCAUUCGACAAUGGUUUUUCACCGUUGAAAACGCUUCUGAAUGUGUCGCACAUUCCUGGCGCUUGUCACGGGGACGAAAUGUCCUACUUGUUUUAUCCCCACGGACUAAGCAAUCUUGGUAUUGAACCACCGCCGGCAGAAUCGAAGGAACGACUGCUUAUCGAAAGGUUAACACAAAUGUGGACGGACUUUGCCAAGACCGGAAUUCCCGUACCAGCCGAAACCGAAUUAGUGAAAACUAGUUGGAAGCCUGUACAGAAAGUCAACGAAUUGCAUUACUUGGAUAUCAACGAAGAGCUCAAGUCAGCUCUGAACCCUGAUGCUGCUGAACAAUUAAUCUGGAACAAACUACCUAACAAAUUAUGACAUCACAAUUAUCUCGUGAAAUACCAAAAUUGAACGUGAUUUUAUAGCGCAAAUCGCCCGGUCCAGCACACUUCGGAUA